UGCCCGAGCGCCGUCGCCGCCCGCCAUGAGGGCAGCGCUCGCCCCCGGGAUCCGCCUGCUCCGCGCCGUGCCCCGGGACAGCCGCUAUCGGGGCCUGACUCUGGUGCUGACCUUCCUCUCCUACGCCAGCUACCACCUCUCCCGAAAACCCAUCAGCAUCGUCAAGAGCCAGCUGCACCUCAACUGCUCGGCCUUGGGCCCGAACCCCCUCAAUGACUCCAACAGCACCACAUGGUGCGACUGGGCCCCCUUUGAUGGGGACAACUACAACGAACUUUUUGGGGCACUGGAUAAUGCCUUCCUGGUGGCCUACGCCAUCGGGAUGUUUAUCAGUGGCAUUUUUGGGGAGCGCCUCCCCCUGCGCUAUUACCUGUCGGGGGGGAUGGUGGUGAGCGGGCUCUUCACCGCGCUCUUCGGCCUCGGCUACUUCUGGGACAUCCACGUGCUCUGGUACUUCAUCAUCGUGCAGGUCUGCAAUGGGCUGGUGCAGACCACAGGCUGGCCUGCUGUCGUGGCAUGCGUUGGAAACUGGUUUGGCAAAGGAAAGAGAGGUUUGAUCAUGGGCAUCUGGAACUCGCACACCUCCGUUGGCAACAUCCUGGGGUCUCUCAUCGCCGGUGCCUGGGUCUCCUCUGCCUGGGGCCUGUCCUUCAUUGUGCCUGGCAUCAUCAUCGCCGUCAUGGGCGUCAUCUGCUUCUUCUUCCUCGUGGAGUAUCCUGAGGAUGUUGACUGCAAUCCACCUCAGCAUCACACGGCUGCUGAUGAGGAUCCUGGAGGAGUGACCACCAGUGAGAAGGAUCCUGAAGCAGUGAUCUCCAACGAGGGCCCACUCAGCCUCUCAGGCCAGAGCAGUGUGGAUCACUCCAAGGCCCCCAAGGAACCAGCUGAGGAGCCCGAAGCCAUCAGCUUCCUUGGGGCACUCCGGAUACCUGGCGUGGUGGAGUUCUCCCUGUGCCUGCUCUUUGCCAAGCUGGUGAGCUACACCUUCCUGUACUGGCUGCCCCUCUACAUUGUCAACGUUGCUCAUUUUGGUGCCAAGGAAGCCGGGGACCUGUCGACCCUCUUUGAUGUCGGGGGUAUUUUAGGGGGGAUCUUCGCUGGCCUCAUCUCUGACUACACGGGCGGCAGAGCCACCACGUGCUGCGUGAUGCUGGUGGUGGCUGCCCCCAUGUUGUUCCUGUAUAACCAUGUGGGUCAGAAUGGCAUUGGCGUAUCAGUAGCGAUGCUGAUCAUCUGUGGAGCUCUGGUCAACGGGCCCUACGCGCUCAUCACGACAGCGGUGUCGGCAGAUUUGGGCACCCAUGAAUCCCUCAAAGGAAAUGCCAAAGCCCUCUCGACCGUCACGGCCAUCAUCGACGGCACGGGAUCUGUCGGUGCUGCCCUGGGGCCGCUGCUGGCAGGGCUGAUCUCUCCCACAGGCUGGAAUAACGUGUUUUACAUGCUGAUAGCAGCUGAUGUCCUGGCGUGUCUGCUCCUGGCUCGCGUGGUGGUGAAGGAGGCCCGUGGCUGGUGUGGCCCCAUGGCGAGGCAGAGAGGCUCUAGUGUGCAGCUAACAGAGUCAGUGAUGGAUGGGAAGUAGCUCGGUGUGACACACCAACAGUCUGGGCCUCGUGCUGCGGUUUAAGGAGUUCUGACGCGUCCCUGCGAGCCCGGAGCGAGGACAGAGCUGGGGCACCGGGGGGAGCCGGGCACGGCCCGGCCCGGCCUGGGCACGGCCCCGCGGGCACUGCCAGCACGGGUGUGAUCCCAGCGGAGGAAGGGGCGAGGAGUGGCCAAAGGGCCCUGGCCAAACGCUUUUCUGGGUCAAUUCUGCACCAUCGGCCGUUUUAUGAAUAAAAACGUGUAAAAUCUG